AUGGUGUCAUCAGAGAUAAAAGGAGAUGCAAGUCGUUGGGAAACGUUCAUUCAAAAUAGAGUUGUACUUAUACAGAGUACAGUUCCAAAUGCCAUCUGGCAUCAUGUGCCCGGGGAAGAGAAUCCAGCGGACGUUGCAUCACUUGGAGUUUCAUCAGAACAAUUAACAUCAGACAGGUUAUGGUGGGAGGGUCCACAUUGGAUCUGUGGAGAUCAGAGUACAUGGCCUGUGUUAGGUGAAAUAGAGAUUGUCACAGAGUUGGUCGAAGAGAGACAGAUAAAAAUUCACACAUUAAGAGCGAGUGAAGAGGAGUUUUUGGCAAAAUUCUCGACACUUACCAAAGCGGUAUCAUCAGCAUCAUGGUGGAGAAGAUUUUAUCAAUCAUUGGCCAAGAAAAACACAAUAAAUAAAACGUCUUGGUUGACUGUUGAUGAACGUCGUCACGCGUUGUGGGGACUUAUUUCGUUCACACAACAGCAACAAUUUCAUCAAGAGAUGACUACUCUGUCUAAAGGUGAACCAAUAUCGAGAUCAAGCACCUUGAUUAAACUCAAUCCAUAUAUAGACAGAGAUGGGUUAUUGAGAGUGAGUAAUAGAUUGGAGAAUUCAUCAUUACAAGCUGAGGCUGUCAACCCAAUCAUACUACCAAAAGAGUCGAGAUUAACAGAGCUUAUUUUACAUGACUGUCAUGUGAAUACACAUCAUGGAGAAGCCCAACUUACGUUGGCAACAUUGAGACAAAAUUACUGGAUAGUUGGAGGUCGAGUACCAGUGACAUCAUUCAUCAAUAAAUGUGUAACUUGUGUACGUCAUCGUGCUAAACAAGCACCACAAUCAAUGGUUCAGUUACCACCAUCAAGAGUCCUGAAAAUAAGAUCAUUUCUCCAUACAGGAGUGGACUAUGCGGGACCAUUUGAGUUAAAGACACAAUUAUCAGAGUACUUGAGGCCAAUAGCAAUUGCAUUUUGCCUAUUGACACAUCAUCAUCAGCAUCAGCGGAGAAUUGACGUCAUCGUCAAGGCGGGGAGAAUGUUUCGGCGAGUGUUCAUAUAA